AUGAGUUUUAAUUUGCAGAAGAGUGAUGAAGAAGAAGAUGGGAAAAGGAGUCAAAAAGAGAGGGAGGGAGAAGGUGGGACGUCUGUGGAAAAGGACUACAAGUCAAAAGACAAAAGCACUAAAGGAGUACAGGAAGAUUUCAGCUGCAAGAAAAUCCAAACCCAGUUCUUCUUCUGUUCUUCAAAAAAGGGAUUUACAAGAAUUUACAACUCUGUCCUCUUUAUGGGGUUCUUGGCAAGGGCAUUUCAGUCAUUCCGUCCACCCCCUCCAAAAACAUGCGGUUCUCAAGAUGGUCCUCCAAUUACAUCACCAAGAAUAAAGCUUCGUGAUGGAAGGCAUUUGUCAUAUAUGGAACACGGUAUCCCAAAAGAAACAGCCAAGUUUAAAAUAAUAUACAUCCAUGGUUUUGACAAUUGCAAAGAAAUUAAUAUUUUUGCCUUGGCAGCCUCUCCGGCUCUUAUUGAAGAGUUAGGGGUGUACACUGUUUCAUUCGACCGACCUGGUUACGGAGAGAGUGAUCCGCACCCUGAGAGAACUUUAAAAAGUUUAGCUUUGGAUAUAGAUGAGCUUGCUGAUCAACUACAACUCGGUUCCAAAUUCUAUUUAGCUGGAUUAUCCAUGGGUGGAUUGUUGGUUUGGCCAUGUCUUAAGUACAUUCCUCACAGGCUAGCAGGAGUGGUUUUCAUUUCACCUGGAGUAAAUUAUUGGUGGCCUUCAUUUCCUUCAAAGUUAUGUAAUGAAGUGUAUUAUGAAAUGUUUAAGACUGAUCAAUGGGCUUUACGUGUUGUUCACCACCUUCCAUGGCUGAACUACUGGUGGAACACUCAAAAAAUGGUUUCCUAG